AUGCCAAAACCAUCCAAGUCUGAUAAUAAGAGAGCCCAGAAUGAAGCCUCUUCUUCUUCAAAUGAGCCUCAACUUGCUCCACCAACUCCAAAGAAGACAAGGCUCGUGCAAUCCAGACUAACUUUCGGUGGUUCCUCUUCAUUAGUUGGCCAACAUUCAUUCUCGGUUGAUCAGGUGGCGUCAUCUUCCUCUCAUCAAGAUCAACCAAUCAAGAUUCAGUCAACCUUACUCCCUUCAGGGGCUUCUGUUGUAAAAACUAGGGUUGUACAAUCAUCUCAUCAGGUUCAGUCUUCAUCUACCGUACAACAACAACCAGUCAUUGAUGUAACGGUUGAUGAAAAUGUUGAUCCACAAACCUCCGCAAUGUUGAGCAACAAGUCAAGGACUCUUCCAAACAAGACGAGUACUCCUCCAAACAAGACAAGUACUCCUCAACAACAGAGGAACACUUCUCAAAGAAGGAAUCAGAAAGGUUCUGAAGCUCUUGAUCUACAAAGAGCUAAAAUGCUGGGUCACACAGGAACAAUAUAUAUUGACAAGUUCUUGCCCGACUCUCCUUACGGAUUUCAAUAUCCGCCCAAACAAGAUCGCCUUAUUGAAAAAGCAUCUCUUGAGAAGAUGGAACAACUCUAUACAUAUCUGCUCAUCCUCAAGAAAUUUGUUGGUAAAUUGAGAGCUGCUAAUAUUACCCAUCUCGAAAAGGAGGUGCAAGAGGGUGGAGGACCCAACACAUUCUUCAAGUCUCUCUCGAAUCGAAAGAAGAUGUGCUCUCUUGUGAACAAUGCAGUGAAUCAACAAAAGGAUACUUUUGAAAAGAGAGAAAAGGCACGUAAAAGUACCAACACGAGAAGAGCCAAGUUGGUCGAGGAAGGCAAGUGUUCCGAGUGUGGUCAUGUCAUGGAUAAUGUUGCAUUGACCAGUGCUGAUAAGGAGUUCCUUAAUGAUAAAGAUGUUCUCUUGGUCGAAGGAAGUUCUUCUGCCAGUUCCAGCAACAGUUCCAGCAACAGUUCCACCAAUAUUCUCGAUUAUGGUGAUGAGAUGGAUGCAGAGACCUUGUUCGAUGAUAAUGGUUUCAUUCGAACAACCUUUCUUCGUCCCAGAUGUCAACAGUGUUUACGUAAACACAACGAGAGGGAGAGGCAAAAGUAUCACAAGGUUAAGGAAGAAGGAGUCAUGUGUCCGAGUCAUCCAUCGGUACCUUUGGAAGUGUGUGACCCAGAGUUGGGCACAACAGCUUGUCUCAAAUGUGGGCUCGUUCACAUGGGAAAACAAUUUGCCUCUUUGAAAUGUUGUUCCACACACUCGAUGGGACGUCCUCCACAAUGUCUUCCAGCAUGUUCUCUGUGUGGAAUUGUGAUUGAGAAUUUGUAUCAGGCAGUGGCUGCUUGCAUUCAUCACAUCAAGUUCCAAUUGGCAAGCAAGACGAAAAGGUCCUUCACUUGUACCAAGUACUUUGCCACUGCAUUUAGAAAGGAAAAGGAUCCCAAUUGGUUCAAAACUGAGGAGCCGUUGGAAAUUCUCUGCAAGGCAUGUCAUCACUUGCUGCAUGCAGUGUACUUGAUGGAGAAGCAAGGACCAAUGGAGGGUGAAAAAGUUCUUGAAGACUUUAGGGAAUGGGUCCAAGUUCACAUCAAGAUGGUUCGAUUGUUGGGAGCUAAAUGUGCCAAGUGUGAUUUGGAUUUUGAAAAGUUGGGUCUUGCUUUUUUCAUUCUCGCUCAUGUCCAUCACAUCAAAACGGAUGGUGCUGAUCAGAGACGCAGUGCCACACACAUUCUCGAGCUUGAGGAUAGAGAGCAUAUUUCCCAAAGUGUGAACGAAUAUACUCUUGCACUGGAAGGAAAGCAGCCACUCGAAUUGUAUCAGUGUUUGUGUGCUUGCUGUCAUCAAAUGGUCCACAUGGAAAAGAAUGCGCGACUGGUUUUGAGCAAGGAAGAGCAUUCCGAGGAUAGAGAGAAGGUAAAGGAAAUGUUCAAUUUACAAUCAAGAUUCCGUUUGAUCCCAGAAAUUAAGAGAAGACUCUUUGGUGGCCGUGAUGAUGAAAAGUAA